AAGCGGCCCGCUCGUCUCGUCCCGCUCUCCGACUCCGUCUCCAUUUCGAGACUGGUUUGGCACACAAAACUUUCGUUUGUUAUUAACCAACAGAGAUCGUAAAGAGAUCUUCAAAGAUCUACCUCGAGUAUGCAAAUCUCGGCUUCAAGUUGAUUUGUGUGCAGAACUUAUUGAUUUGUUCUUUUUCUUUGUGAUUGGAAACCUGUCCCGUCUGGCAGUCGCUAAAUGCCCGGCACGGCACAUGUGUGCUGCAACCAGAAAGCAAACAAAGAUAUUAUUAGCUUUUUUUUCGAAACUCACCCAUUGGGUCAAUGUCAGUGGCGAAGCCCCAGAAGCCUAGAAUCACAGAGAGCCAGAGUCACUGAACUGCUGGAGACGCCCACGCCGAGUCGAUCGGCGAUGAGUGGAAUGGAGUGGAGUCUGAAUGAAUGGAGUCUUCCCAGAAGCAUGAGAUUUGGUUGGAUAACAAGGUUUUAACGGGGGAUGAUAGAGUAUUAAGAGAAUCACUGAAAUCACUGAAACACACUCCCAAACAAUAGAUAAACCUUUUCAACUCUCUUAUUUCUUUGAGCAUCUUGAACUUCGCUCAACUCUGGAUUUAUGGCCUAGUUUGAUGGGUUCUUUCAGGCCUAGAUUUGGCUGAGGCUUAACUUACAGUGGAACCUCUCAUGAGUCUACUAUAUAGGACUUGUGGCUCUACUGCCGACCCGUCUAUUAAGGGAUACUUGUAACCGAAAGGAUCCUAUCUAGGCCUGAACUCCACUCAACUUUUGGGCUUUGCUUUAUGGGCGAGUUUUCCUAGAAGUCGUGCGCCGAGUCCGCGACUUUCGGUGUGAACGCUCUUCAGAGGUGGAGACCGAGACAGAGACGGCGACAGAGACAAAGACAAACAUCGAGACGCCGGCCAGAAAAUGGAAAUGAUUCAUAAAACGUCGCUUGACCUGUCUCAAGCAACGCGGGACGGUGGCUGGUCAGUGCAGCUGCGGUUUUCGGAACCGCGGAAUCGGCAUCGGAUUCGGUCCCCCACUCCGAGCCGCACUCCGAACCGCGUUGGAAAACAAACAGCAAACGCUGCCAAAAAUAAACCCCAAAAUUAAAGCGCGGCACCAAAUUAAAAUUUCUGAAUAAAUAUCGCCUUGGAGGCGGUCAGGAUCUGCACUUGCGAUUGCAUUGACAUCCGGAGAACAUGGAGCCUGGGAAAUAUCUGCUGAUCAGCGUUCUGCUGAUGCCUCUGAUGCUGAUGGCGGUGACCGUGUUCGGACAGCCGCUGUCCUGGUGCGAUCCGCAGCUCUGUCCGGAGGGCAAGGUGCACAUAGCCUGCAACAACAACGGAGAGUUCCAUGAGAGCUGCCCGGAAGAUGCCACCAUGGUCAACCUGAAGCCGCACCGGGCGUUCAUCCUGAAUGAGCACAACAAGCGGCGCAACUUCAUUGCCUCGGGCUCGCUGCCGGGCUACUAUCCGGCCACGCGGAUGGCCACCAUGGUGUGGGACGAGGAGCUGGAGUAUCUGGCGACGCUCAACCUGAAGACCUGCUAUCUGGAGCACGAUGACUGCAACCACUCGUUCCGCUUCCGGAAUCUGGGUCAGAACCUGUGCGGCGUGGAUCGCUAUCGCAGUGCCCCAAUGAAUGUGACCAAUCUGGUGGAGCAGUCGCUGGGUCUGUGGUUCGGGGAGCACCAUGUCAUCGACAGCAGCUUCAUCACCGACUUCCGGGUGACCAGCAAACUGGAGAAGUACGGGCACUUUGUGGAGACGGUGGUGGACAGGAACACCCAUGUCGGCUGCGCCAUGAUGCGCUUCACCAACCCCAAGUACCCCUUCCUCUACAUCUACAACACGGCCUGCAACUACGCCAGCGUCUAUGCCAUCGGCGUCCCCGUCUACAAUGCGGGUGUACCCGCCUCCGAUUGCCUCACGGGCCACAAUCCGCAGUACCCUGCCCUCUGCUCCGUGAAGGAGAUAUACAACCCAAACUACAAUAUAUACUAGAACUGAACCCCAAACUCUUCUUCGCUUUUGUUUUCCCUGCUACUGCGACGAUCAUCUGUUUCUGAUUGAUACGUCAAGUUCUGUUUAUUCCGUUCCGGCUGCUAAAUUUGGCUGGGUGUUAAUUUCCAGUUCCGAUCAGACAGGCUGGCUGGCCGGCAGGGAGUAAUUUAUAAACCUUAACGGAAACAGUCCGAAGCGGUUCUCGCACAGUGGAGCAGUCUUUGGGGAAGUUCCAUUGGAUGUGCCAUAAGUGGCAUAUGUACGAUAUAUUAAUUAAAGUCUAACCCAAAGAACGUCAAUUAAGUCACAGUCGAGUUAUCAUACAAAAUUGGAUAUACUAUAAUUUUCCAAGCCCGAUUUUCGUUAAAUUUCCUGUGCAAAUAUAAUCAACUCAGUCCCAAUGUACUUUCAGUUAAAUUUCCCGCCGGCUUGAAUGUGAGUGACCUAUCCUGCUGCAUUCAU